AAGGAAGCAGUUCAAUGGAUGAAUUAUUAAUAGAAACCCCACCUAGAGAAUUCUCUGUAAAUCUUGAAGAAAUUAUUAUCUCUGACGAAUAUUCAAAUAAUUCAUCAGAAUCGUUAACUAAUCAUCCUGACCAAUCAGAUAUUCAGUCUCAGGAUUCAGACAAUAAUAGCGCAGCAUUGGUUAUUCAGAAAAAUUCAAAGCAAAUAUUAAAAAAUGAGGUUCAUAAAUUUUCAACUUCAAGUCAUAAUACAAAAUUAAUUAGCGAAUGUUCAAAUAAGGAUUUUCAACAACAGCAACAAGCAAUUUAUAUUUGUCAUAACGAUAAUACUAAUCAGUCUAAUAGGACUAAUAAUGAUAAUAUAUUUAAAAAUAACUGGCGUUUUAUUGUGACUAUUGUUGCACUUACAAUAAUCUGU